CUGCUUGGUUCCUGCGCGCGUACAGGAGAUAAAAGAGAGAGAUAGGGAUACAGGGGAGAGGAGAGGAUGGCUACACUGGUAGAAUCCGCAGAAAUGGAGACUUUAGGCGGCCAAAGCAACACUGGGGCGUCUCCAACAUCCUCAAGCCCCGCGCAGCACUUUAACGACAGCAAAUUUUACCUUCUUGUGGUGAUCGGGGAGAUCGUAACGGAGGAUCACCUAAAGUGUGCCAUUGCGGACAUAGAGAAAGGAAUCCGCUCAUGGGACACCAAUCUUAUGGACUGCAACCUGGACCAGGAACUCAAACUGUUCGUCUCCAGACACUCGGCUCGAUUCUCUGCAGACGUCAGAGGUCAGAGAAUCCUUCACCAUAAAAGCAGUGUUCUGGAGACAGUAGUGCUCAUCAACCCUUCAGAUGAAGCAGUCAGUACGGAGGUUCGUUUGAUGAUCUCAGACACUGCCAGACACAAGCUUCUGGUUCUCUCAGGUCAAUGCUCUGAAAACACUGGAGAGCUGAUUCUUCAGUCUGGAUCUUUCUCUUUCUUCAACUUCAUUGACAUAUUCACUGACCAAGAGAUUGGUGAAUUGCUCAGCACCAUCCACCCAGCAAACAAAGCCAACCUUACACUCUCCUGCCCCGAACAAGGCGACUGGAAAAACUCCAACUUGGACAAACACAACCUGCAGGACUUCAUCAACAUGAAACUAAACUCCACUCUCAUACUCCCUGAAAUGGAGGGCCUAUCAGAGUUCACAGAGUAUCUGUCUGAAUCUGUAGAGAUCCCAUCUCCAUUUGACAUGUUGGAACCACCAACCUCAGGUGGAUUCCUCAAACUCUCCAAACCAUGCUGCUACAUUUUCCCUGCUGGCCAUGGUGACUCCGCUCUCUUUGCUGUCAAUGGCUUCAACAUGCUCAUCAAUGGUGGCUCGGACAGGAAGUCUUGCUUCUGGAAGCUGGUGAGACACCUAGACCGUGUGGACUCCAUCCUCCUGACACACAUUGGUGACGACAACCUGUCAGGAAUCAACAGCAUGCUGCAGAGGAAGGUUGCAGAGCUUGAAGAGGAACAGUCCCAGGGUUCCACAGCUAACAGUGAUUGGGUGAAGAACAUGAUUUCUCCAGACAUUGGUGUAGUGUUCGUGAAUCUUCCUGAAAACCUAGAUAUCCCUGAACCUAAUUACAAAGUGCGGAAGAACCUUGAGGAGGCAGCAUUAACAAAGCAGUUCCUUACGAAGCUGAAUCUGAGGAUAGAACCAUUGCAAAGACCUGUUGGAAACGCCAUAGAACCAAUCAUACUUUUCCAGAAGAUGGGUGUUGGGAAGCUUGAGAUGUAUGUGCUUAAUCCAUCAAAGAACAGCAAGGAAAUGCAGCACUUUAUGAAGCAAUGGACAGGUAGUGAAAAAGACACUGCCUCCAUUCUGCUGCCAAAUGGAAAAGAAUCUGAGUUCCCUGUCUCCUAUUUGACGUCUAUUUCUUCACUUAUUGUGUGGCAUCCUGCAAAUCCCUCAGAUAAGGUUGUUCGUGUUCUCUUUCCUGGAAACACCACCCAGCUGCAGAUCUUUGAAGGUUUAGAAAAACUAAAGCACUUGGACUUCUUGAAGCAGCCAGUCGUCACUCAGAAAGCAUUGUCUUCAACUCUGCCGAUGACGCCAACACUAAAGCAAGCUAAGAUGAAACACAGAACAGACAGCAAGGAAAGCCUUAAGUCUACCCCAAGGCCAUCACCAAGCAAAAGCGUCAGGAAGGAAUCAAGGGAGGAGGCAGCGGAAAAGGCAAAGACCGAUGCAGAAUCAUCUCAAGAGAAAAUGCAGAAGACAGAGAAAAAAGAGAAGCCCUUGGUGAAAAAAGAAAAGGCAAAGGUACCUGAGAAAGAAACAAAAGCAAAGGCAGAGCAGACAGUCAAAAAUGAAACUCCAGAAAAAAAGAAGAUAGUCAAAAAAGAGAGCAAAGUGUCUGUAGAAAAGAAAAAGGAAGUUAAAAAAGAAGUGGCAAAGAAGGAGGAUACACCAAAACAAGACAUUAAGAAAGAGGAAAAAGUAAAGAAAGAGGAAGCAAAGAAAGUCAUAAAGAAGGAUUUCAGGAGAGACUCACCAAUGAAGGAGAAGAAGGAAGACAAGAAAGACCAAAAGAAAGAUGUAAAAAGGCCCUUCAGAGAUGUAAAAAAGAGUGUGGGUGAAGAAAAGAGUCUAGCACCAAAACCAAAGCCCCUGAAAAAAGACACUGUCUCAAAGAAAGAUACAGGAACCCCAUCAAAGUCUAAAGAGAAAGCAAAGUCAAAGGUGACGAAGGUGGAAAGCGAGAAACUUGCCACAAGUGCAGCUGCUGUCCCAGAUAAUCUAGAGGUAGAACGAUCCCUGAUGUCUUCACCAGAAGAUCUCACUAAAGACUUUGAGGAGCUUCGAGAUGAAGGGUUGGUGGAAGAUGACGCGACUGUGCAACAAAACCAGGAAGAAGAGGCCGUGAUGAUCCAUCAUGAAGAAAUAAUACAAACCAAAGACUCACCUGAGACAGUAGAGUCUGUGGAUGAAGGUAUAACCACAACAGAGGCUGAAGGAGAUAGCGGUGAGACUCCUGAAGAACAAGUUCUCAAGGGAAAAAUGAAUGGUAUGAGCGAGAGGUUUGAAGAUGAGGGUACUGUGAUGGAGGAGACAUCUGACGGAGCAGAUUAUGAAGAGAAAGGAGAAAUAGAGGAAGUUUAUGAACCACAGAGAGUGGUGCCUGAUAAAGAUAAGCCCUCCCCUAGUGGAGAUGAACACCAAGAGGAGAAAGACAUACUCAAACCAGGAGAUAGAGCAGAAGACAACGAUGACAUGGCUAAUAAAAAUGUAGUAAGUCUACAUCUAAAUGAAGGAAUAACAGAGAAGCCUACUCUCUUUGUAUCCGCCUCACCCAAAGUGUCCUCACCAGUUUCUCCAGCUGCAUCCAUCCAUGACGAAGUGCUUCCAUUUGAGAGCUCAACAGCAUCCGAUGAUGAGAACAGAGAUGAACCCCAUGAGGAUUACACUGUCAACUCCGGCCACACCCAGUCCACUAUUGAAGUCUCCAGUGUGCCUACGCCCAUGGAUGAGAUGUUGACUCCUAGAGAUAUCAUGAGUGAUGAAAUCACCAAUGAUGAAUCUCCUUCACAGGAUGUUGGCAAGUUUGGAACAUCAUCACCUGGAGAGUUUGAUAGGAAGAAGCUGUCUCCGCUUCAGGAUCUGCCAGGGUCAGAUCAUUCUCACAGUGGUGCCACAGAGGGCCAAGACUACGACCAUUCUGCUUCCACAAUAUCUCCUCCUUCAUUACUUGAAGAGGACAAGGUUUGUAGGGAGUUUUCCUUGAAGGAGAGGGACCAAGAGUUCACCUCAAUUCAAGAGCCCCGUGAGAAGUUUGACAAAGACUUGGGCAAACUCAGUUCAACCUCCGAAACAUCACCUCUCAUACGCUCUCCCUCAGUGGACCGCAAGGACAAGUUUGAUUCACCAUCAUUGUUUGCUGCUCCAAUUGAACUUUCAACUACACUUUCAGGGUCUGGCAGAGCAACAGCUGAUUCCUCCAUCAGCCCAGAUGAUAAGACAUUGGAAGGAGCCAACUCCCCUCAGUCCUCAGGUCACACACCUUACUAUCAGUCACCAGUGGAUGAAAAGGCAGGAGCUAUACCACCUGUAUCAGAAGGACCAACAAUUGUGGAAGUCACAAGUGAUAAGGAGGAUUCCUCCAACAGAGUUACCCCAGAGCCUUAUGAGCCAGAACCAGAGAGUUCUUCCCCCGAAGAAAGAGUAAUGUCCUCUCCAAAAAGCCCACCACCAACUGGAUCUGAUUUCCUUGCAAAGACAGAAAAGUCACCCUUUGACAUGGAUCAGAAGACAACUGUAGAGAUCAGCCAAUCAAUCUUGUCCUCAGCACCAAUCCCCAAACUUGAUACAGAAACUAAUCCUUUCACAUCUUUCAAAGAAGAGAGUAAAAUGUCCAUUUCAGAAGGUACCACAUCAGACAAGUCAGGAACCCCUCUAGAGGAAGUGGUUGCAGAAGACACAUUUUCACAUUUGGCCUCAGCAUCCACCGCAUCUCUAGCCACCAGCUCCUUGCCAGAGCCCACCACUGACUCUCCUUCCCUUCAUGCUGAGGUGGGCUCUCCUCACUCAACAGAAGUAGAUGAUUCUUUGUCAGUCUCUGUGGUUCAGACCCCAACCACAUUUCAAGAGGCUGAGGGAUCUCCAUCCAAGGAAGACAGCCCAAGACCCAUGUCUAUCUCCCCAGACAUCUCACCAAAGACAAAAAGCAGAAUGCAAGACACAAAAUCACCAGAACACUCCACCAUGUCAAUAGAGUUUGGCCAGGAGUCCCCUGAUCACUCCUUAGCCCUGGACUUUAGUAAACAAUCACCAGAACAUCCAUCUUUAAGCAGCUCCCGGGCUACAGAGAAUGGCCCAACUGAGGUAGACUACAGCCCAUCAGAUGGAACUGACGGAAGGCCAUCUACUGAGCAAAGUUCCAGUAUUGAGAAAUCUUUGCAUUUAGAAGAGAGCGAUUCAGUCCUCGCAACUUCUGCAACCCCAUCAGAUGCCUCCCAGUCCACUCCCUCUGUGACAACCCCAUGCCAAAUGACAGGGAUACCACAUGCUGAGCAGACAGAUAAGUCUCCUAUCACCCCAAAAGCAUCCUCUCUCACACACUCUCCACUUUCAAAGGGACCAUCCCCAGUGCUUGGAGGUACCCCAGCUAAAGACAGGACCAGCCCAAUUUCACCAACAGUUGAGGGCAUCUCCACUAAAUCUGAAACACAGCUAAAAUAUGACAAGUCACCCUCACCUCCAAAAGCCACUUCCCCUUCAUUAUCUUUGACCUUUUCAAAAGAAGCCUUUUCCCCAGCAAAGGAGACAAAUCCCUUUAAAUGUGAGGAUUCCCCCCUUGAGGCAAAAUUCCCCGUAAGCCCCAAAGUCCCCACCCCAUCAAAUCUACCUCUCUUCUCUGAUCCGUGUAAUUAUAAUUCUGCCUGCGGCUCCAAGGACCCAGCCUUCUCUAAGAAGAGCCCCUCUGCUCCAUCCAAGACAGAUGUCGACCUCUGCCUAGUCACUUCAUGUGAGUACCGUCACCCCAAGACAGAACUAUCCCCGUCUUUCAUCAACCCCAAUCCUAUAGAAUACUUUAUCAAUGAGGAGAACGCCUUGGAUGAGGAGAAGCUUCUGGUAAAGUCUGGAGGAGGGCCCCCACCCCCAGGAGGUAAACUUCCUGCCAAGCAAUGUGAGGAGACCCCACCCACAUCCAUCAGUGAAUCUGCCCCCUCACAGACAGAUUCAGAUGUUCCACCAGGGACAGAAGAAUGCCCCUCCAUUACAGCAGAUGCUAACAUUGACUCUGAGGACGACUCUGAGACUCUGCCAACUGACAGAACCCUGACCUACAGGCACGCCGAUCCUCCUCCGGUAGCACUCAGGGACCCUGCCCCAUCCUCAGGCCACCAUGAUGUCUGCAUGGUAGACCCAGAGGCCCUCAAGGCAGAGGAAAACCUCCACAAUGCAAAUGUGGAGGGAGGGGAAAAGCCCAAGAAGAAAAAGCUCACGAAGAAGUCCUCCUCACCAGCCAGGAAGACUGCUCUUUCUAAGGUAAAGGACACAAAGACAUCCUCUCCCAAGAAGACUGUCGGAGAAGGGAAAGAUGCCAAAAAUGCAACCAAUACCUCUGCAUCUAGGGGUGUAAAAAGUGCCACAUCAGGUACUGGCAGUGGAAAGGCAUCAGGUGCGGCAUUGCCCAGUUGUCCUCCCAUGUACAUGGAUUUGGUUUACAUCCCCAAUCAUUGCAGUGCCAAGAACGUGGAUGCCGAGUUCUUUAAACGAGUUCGCUCCUCCUACUAUGUGGUCAGUGGCAAUGAUCAGGCAGCUCAAGAGCCCAAUAGGGCGGUCCUUGAUGCUCUGCUGGAAGGAAAAGCCCAGUGGGGAAACAAUUUGCAGGUCACUCUUAUUCCUACCCAUGACACUGACGUGAUGAGGGAGUGGUACCAGGAGACCCAUGACAAGCAGCAGGAGCUCAACAUCAUGGUCCUGGCCAGCAGCAGCACUGUUGUCAUGCAGGAUGAGUCCUUUCCUGCUUGUAAGAUAGAGAUGUAGGCCUGUUCAACAAGAGAUCAGGUUGCCUAGUGACUGAUAAUGAGACGGAUCAUUAUCUGAGGCAGGAAACAAAUCCAUGUAGCACUGAACCCAAGCAGACAUUUAAACCCUUAUAUGCUAAAAUGAUGCUUCUUGUGUACUAAUCCCCCCAAAAUCAAUAUCAAUAUCAAUGAGGAAUAACUCUAAUACAGAUAAUCUUUGAGUGGCUCCAUGCAAAGGAAGUUGUUUUCAAAUCAAACAUCUGUAACUUCCUCAAGAUGUUUCCUUAUCUUAAGGUAUAAACUGAUUGUACUGGGAGGAAACUGGAGAUUAUUGUUAAAUAAUUAUGCUAAUGCAGAUCAAGUACUGAUGUUGUUGUUGCUGUAUUGAGUUUCUUCUGCACCAAACAAACAGAACAAAUUAUAUGAGAGCUCCUCAUCGAUUUAACUUCUGUCUAGGAGCAAAAUACCCCUGCAUAUGAUACAUUCUUGAAUAACGGCUGUUAUCCACACCAAAGGAUAGAACAAGAAGUUUUCUGUUAUUGCCUUAGGGAGUCAAAAUGAAUGUAUAGGAACUGGUGCAUCUAGCAGAAGAGUGGGCAGGCGACUCUACACACCAGAGGUCCAUCCCAGGAAUGGUUUCAUACUUGAAUGAUGGUAAAUAUGAAAUAACUUGAAAGGAUACUCAACAUCAGCAUUGUAAUGAUGUCCGACUUUAUAUUCACCGUGGGCCAAACAAAGUGCCCCUGCCAUUUGAAAAUGUCGUUUAUGUGUUUAAGUUGGCUGGGUUUUAUUUGUUUUUAAAAUGAAUGGAUGUUUGUUUUUAUGGUCUGGUUUAUUUUGCUGCUGAUGUUUGAAUAUUUAUUUAGUAUGUUACAUUUAAUUUAUUGUGCUUGAUCGUCCAGAUUGCCUUUAAACUGUGCAACAGAAAGUUGCACCAGAAUGCACCCCCUUGUGUUAAUUACACCCAUAAAGUCUUUUAAUUUCACAAUGCUUUUAAGAGGAUUGCCUUCUGUUUUAGAUUCCCUGUUCUGUCUGCAGGUUUUGGGUUCACUAAAAAGCUUAUUUCUUAUGUAUGUUUUUAUGUAAUCAUUGAGCUAUACGGGGAGGGAGGGUAGCCUUUUCUCAUUGUAAAGCUGGUGAGGCAGGAAAUUUCAUAAACCUUAAAAUGUCUUGUUUUUUAAAGCAUUGUAUUAUAAUUAUAAAUAACUUUGUGGGCAAAGGAGUGAUUGGAAGACAUGCAUGACUUAUGAAACAUAAGGAUUUUUUCUCUUUUUGUUUUGUUUGCUCAGACUUGCAUUAAGAACAACAGGGCUAUAUAGGAUUAAUUUAUGAUUUUGGCAAGUUGUGCCAUCUCAGAGUACACUUCUGCAACUCCAGCCAUUUUUUAUGGCUCUGUAUCAGUAUGAAUCUCGUUUUUGGAUGGAGCACAGUGUAGACUUUCGGGUGGAUGCAAGAUGUUUGGGAGGCUAAAAUUUCUCAACAAGAGAGAUUCUCCUCUUGGGCGAGGAUUAUAGGGAAACAGCUUCCAUUAGAGGCGUAGUCCUUAAAGGGGCAGCACACUGAGAUGAGAGGGAGAGAGAGCGACGAGCGACUUGUGUGUUUUAGAUGAGAGUAUGUUAAACUGAAACUUGACACUUUAAACACAAGCAUGACACACAUACCAAAUGACAAGUCAACAACCACAGGCAAGCUUUUAAAGAAACAAAUCACAACAGCUUUGUGACUCUGGGCUAUUCAAACAACUCAUCAAGCUCACCAGAUAUUCCUCAAACUACAUCAGGUGUUCUUGAUUCCACUAGAUACAGUUUACUGCAGGGGAACCUCAAACCAACACCAUGACAAACAACAAACCGACAAACUACAAACUGACAUUUCUCUUGAACGGACGUUUCUCUUUUCUCUGUCUUCUUUCUCUACACAUCUUCUAUUUCUCUCUCUGGCUAGUAAUCUCUGCCUUCUUCUCCUUAUCUUUCUCUCGGGAGAACUUUAAUAAUGUUUGACUGCAGCUGUGUGGUAUAUUUGUCUUGUGAUCUUGCAUCCUCUCUGCCCCUUUUUCCCAAACUCAUAUGUAACCUAUAGCGAUUAGUUUCAAGUGGAAGUAUCCCUUAGUGCUUUCUGAUGUUUGUGUGCAAUAUUUCCUCUACCCAUACAGUGAAUCUGAUGUAAGAGGAAACACUACUAAAGAACAAACAUUCAAAAAGAACCACAAUAAAAUCUGUUGUGAAAAAAGACAAA